AGAUGUAAAAGCUUGUACAACCGAAUGAAUCUACGCAAAAACCUUUUUUUUUCACUUACCCACUAUCUUCUCUUCUUUCCAAAAACUACCAACGGAUGGUGUUGCAUAUUGCACGCAUGGACAAGCUUUUGUGGAUUGCUUCAUUUGCUUUUGUGCUGUUCAACAGUCAAAGCACGGCUUUGCAGCCUCCUCCUCGAAUGUUGGCAGGAUGUGUAUCGCUUGAUUUUUGGAUAUACUGCUAUGGUGGUAGCCACGUAACAUUUUCAGCAACCAACACCUUUGACAGUUCGGGCGACUUUUAUGCUUUGGAUGUUGCAGAAAGCUUUACGGUUAGCAGCUCCAACUCGGCAUGGGUGGAAGUGCAGGUGAAUGGAACGGUGAGACCGGAAAACAACACAAUGUUUGGCAUGGUCGCACUACCACAGCAAGACGCAAUUGUCCUUACAGGUGGUGCCGGAAGCGUGUACUCGAAUCAAUCCAUCAGUAAUCCUACCAUUGCGUAUAACAUAGAAUCAAACGAAUGGCAGACUUUGAGCUCAAACGCUGGACUCCAGUCUUACGCUGCUGGAACAGCUGCUGAUGCCAGUGGCAGAAUUUAUGUGUUUGGCGGUAUCAGUGACGAAGCGACAGGCGAGCUUGAAAUGACCGAUACGCGAAACAUGCGAAUUUUCAAUUAUGAGUCAAAUCAAUGGUCUAUUGUCGGACUUCCAGAUCAGUUCCAUUCUUAUGCUUGGCAUGAGGGCGUCAUGGGCAAUGAUGGGCGCACGAUCUACUACAUGGGUGGUGAAAUUCAAGGCUACUUUACUUUGAACAACGGAUCACAAGUAUACGGUGCUUCGGAUAACACGUUCGAUGAAAUUAUGACCUACAAUACAGAAACGUCCUCGUGGGCGACACUGAAUGCCACAGGAGAAAGAAUUCCAACUACCCGAAUGUGGCAUACAGCAGCACUCAAGCCAAACUCGGAUGACAUCGUUUUGUACGGUGGUCGCACAACUGGAGAUUUAAACGUUACUGCCGAUUUUUGCUAUGUUUUGAACACGGUUUCCAUGGCUUGGAGACAAAUUGAUCUGAGCUCAAGUGCUGGAGCUGGUCCUCGCUUUGGGCAUUCAGUUGCUUUUCCUGGAAACAGUACCAUGAUGUUUGUCAUGUUUGGCGUCGAUGCUAAUCUUCACCAACGCACGGAUUUCCAAAUUCUUGAUACUGACAGUUGGCAAUGGAUAGAUAACUACACUGGUCCUGGACGCAGCAACUCAACUGAGGAUCAGUCCGAUACUUCUGGAGAUAAUGGAGCCGAUGGUGGAGCUUCAGCGGGCACUAUUGCGGGAGCAGUUGUUGGCGCCCUUGCGGGAGUUGCUAUCAUUACCGGUGCGCUUUUCUUCUUCAUCCGACGACGGCGGCGGCAGCAGAGACAGGGCGCAAAUGCGACCAGACAAGUGGAUGAAAAGAAUAUGGGAGGAAGCGCUAAGCCUCCUGCUUCAUACAACUAUAGUAACCCCAAUAGUAGCUAUACUAUACAACAACAACAACAAGCAUCGGUAUCACCACCGCAGCAUUAUUCACAAUAUGCGCCAGCUGUACCAGUGACAGCAACUAUGAGCUCAACGAGCAGUGGGACAUUCCCUCCGACAACAAAUCAAGGAGCAACGACGACAACGUCGUCUCAAGGCCAGAUUGCUUCUUCUAAUAAUCCUCAAGAUGCAUAUUAUACUCCACAUCUAAGAUUGCAGCCCGUGAAGCCCGAUGGUGCAGAAUAAUGGCAUUAUAAAAGCAGCCUUUUUUCUUGGACAACAACAACAGCAGCGACACGUUUAUGAUAUGUCCUUUAUCUGUAACUCUUUGUAUAUUAUAGUUUACGAAGUCAUAUUUAUAUAUUUUACCCGCUAAUAGUAGGGUUAACAAAAACUUGAGAAUGACGAAUAUACAACAUGUAUUUAUUUAACCAUGAAUUAUGGUUUGAUAUGUUUACGUCAAAAGAAUGUGAAAGGAUUAUAAUUUGACAUAUAUAACUUGAU